AAUCCGGAAGUGUUCGUAAUUCUCUGGCUUCUUCCAUUUCGAGUUUCUUCAAAAUGUCAAAAUCUGUUACAUACGCUCUUCAGAAACAUGGCCAUACACUUCUCAAGAAAGUACUGCCAACUACAUCAUUGCUAUGUAGAAAUUAUGCAGAAAGGAAGCCAAAAACAGGUAUUUUGAUGUUAAACAUGGGAGGACCAGAGAACACUGAUGAUGUUGGGUUCUUCCUUAAUAAUCUGUUCAUGGAUAAAGAUCUGAUCCCCCUACCUGCUCAAAGUCGACUAGCUCCUUUGAUAGCCAAAAGACGAACACCAAAAAUACAGGAGCAAUACAGAAAGAUUGGAGGUGGUUCACCAAUCAGGCAAUGGACAGAAACCCAGGGAAAAGGCAUGGUGGAAAUUCUGGACAGGAUUAGUCCUGAAACAGCACCACACAAGUUUUAUGUAGGAUUUCGUUAUGUACGACCUUUAACAGAGGAUGCUAUAGAUGCCAUGGAUGCUGAUGGUAUAGAAAGAGCUGUUGCUUUUACCCAGUACCCACAAUACAGUUGUUCAACAACAGGAAGUAGUCUUAACGCCUUAUAUCGAUAUACUACAACAAAGAAGGGUCUACCUAGUCCAAUGGUUUGGAGUGUGAUAGACAGAUGGCCCACGCAUCCAGGACUAGUUGAUGCAUUUGCAGAUGUUAUACAGAAGGAAUUAGACAGAUUCACACCAGAACAAAGAGAUGAUGUUGUUAUAUUGUUCUCUGCACAUUCCCUGCCCAUGUCGGUUGUAAACAGAGGAGAUCCCUAUCCAGCAGAAGUUGGUUCUACUGUUAACCGGGUUAUGGAAAAACUAGGUCACUGUAACCAGUAUAGGCUUGUAUGGCAGUCUAAGGUUGGACCAAUGCCAUGGCUUGGGCCCCAAACAGAUGCGGCUAUAGAAGGUCUAGCUAAAAAUAAGAGAAUGAACGUCUUGUUGGUGCCUAUUGCUUUCACUAGUGAUCAUAUAGAAACAUUACAUGAGUUAGAUCUGGAAUAUGCUGAGGAACUUGGUGCUAAACAUAAAAUGAAUAUUCGAAGAGCUGCAGCCAUGAAUGAUAAUCCUAUAUUUAUAGAGGCUCAAGCUAAUUUAGUGAAAGAUCAUUUAGCCUCAAAUAUUGCAUGUUCUAAACAGUUAUUGCUACAAUGUCCACUGUGUGUGAACGGAACAUGUGGGAAGACAAAAGCUUUCUUUGCAAGUCAACAGGAGUUAUUGGAUGAAAUGAAAUCUCAGGAAAAAUCUAAAGCUGUUUCAUCAGCUUAAUUAUAGUACCACCUAUGUUAAAGAUUAGUUAAACUUUAAUUUACUUAUACUGUGGUUAAAUAUGUAAUUGAAUGUUCAUUUCUUGAGAGAUAAAUAAAUGUCAAGAUUUUUAUUGCGGUUGCAUAUUCUUAUUUUAAUAUAUUCAGUUUGAUACGAAAGAAACUUGACUUUUAAUAUCAAGGGCAUAAAUUCCAUACAAAAUGAUUUAUCUGAAGGGAAUCUUAGACCAACAGAAACACCCUAAUCUGUUCUCGUUAUCUAAUUGUUUAGACCUGAAACAUCUGUUGCAAAUUCAAAGUACUUUAAUAUAUUUUUUGAAAUAUGGUCUCAUAUCAAAUAUAUAUUGUUAACUGUAAUAUAAAUUUAUUUUUGUGAGCCAUUUGACUUUAGCGAGUAGAAAUUAUUAUGCAAAUAUUUAAACCUUGAAUUCUUUUCAUAUUAAACUGCAUCAAUUAAAUUAGAAAGUUGUGAAUAUUUUCAAAGAAGUGGUCUAGAAAGGGUAAACCUCAAAAUAAAGUAUCCCUGAAAAUAACAUGGUUUACAGUAUUGUAAGCUAUAUCAAUGAACUUUGUUUGUUUGUGAGUUUUGAAACUUUUGUCAUGAUGGUGCAUUGUGUGUAGUUUGCAUUUUUUGCAUUUUUUGUUCAAAUAUGAUAUUUUUAAAAUAUGCAAUUUUGUACAUAAUAUCUUACAACAAAAGUUAAUAGACAACUUUCGAGUUCGAUGCAUUUCCACCAAAAACUGGUUUUAGUGAACAUCAUUCUUGUAUGUAGGGGUGUUGUCACUUCCAUUCCAAUGUUGAGCGAGUGGUUGGAAAACUAUAUUGCACGAAUUAUUCAACAAAUUUAACUCUCAUCAGCGCUGCUGUCAUAAGGGAAUUGUAAUUAAGUACUUACAAAACAAAUAUUAUUUCUAGUUUUUCCUGCACAAUGACGAUCACUAAGACGCUUGGUGAACGUUGAUAGUGCAGGGAUACAGGCGACCCCCUCUAUUUGGUAAAUGACGUCAAUAAGGAGCAUAAUUGACAAGUUUUUUUCCAGUGACGGAUAAACUCAAAAGUGGUCUAUUUGUCACAUCAACAGAUUGUUACUAUUGGUUGAAAGUCUGUGAUUAUCAAUGUCUCAAAUUAGCAUUCUAUUUAUAUAUGUAUCGAAUAUUUGUCUAUCAAUGAAAUAUAUUAAGAAAUUUUAUAUUGAAUAUUUCAAACUUUUAUGAUAAAUACAUGACAUAUACAUUUCAUGCAACUCCUGUGUUACAUGACCAUCAACAUUUCUUAACAGAUUUUUUUUAUUAUCAAUUUCAGGAUAGUCAACAUUAACUGAUUUUAUUUGGUUGUUGAAUGGUCCUUCUUGAAAUGCAUAAAACCUUUAAUUCAGGCUAAUUGGUGCUCCAUGUGAUUGAAUGGGAUAUGGUCUUGCCUGACAUAAGGCAACAUAGAAUAUAUUUUUUUUACAGAAUAGUUUUUCAUUCUCAAGAUAUUUUCCAAAUGUCGGGGCAAAUAUUCCUCCUUAGUGGAGAAUUCUAGUCUUAAAUGUCAUGACAAAUACAAAGUACAGCUUUGCAAAAUAUUAUCACCCUUAGGCUAUUAACUGUAUUUGAAAAAUAAAAAUAUGUUGAUUCUUUAUUCAAUAGAUAAAUGAGUAAGUCACUCAUUUACAGAAAUGAGACUGAGCACUCAAUGAGCAUUUGCCAUUUUACAUUACAUCAAAAUAACAGAUUUGAUAAUAAUUAUAAUUUUUAAAAAUCUGCAACUUUGCCAAGGGAGGUAAUUUUAUGCACAGAUAUGUUGAUAUGUAAUUCAGGGGAGAUAAUUUGGAUUUUCUUCAAAUAAUAUGAAUUGAUAAAUUGAAAUAUAAACAAAAGGAUUAUCAAUUCUUAUCAAAUUGUUGUUGUUUUUUUUCAACCAAAGAACUGUUUCCUUUGUAUCAUUCAUACUAAACAAAAUAAUUAAUAAGAUAUCAAAAAGAAGUUUUAAAGAACAAAUGACUAGAAACUAGCUUGUGUACAAAUACAUUGUUUUGCAUAAGUAAUCUUAAGAAAAUUUGGAUUUUUUGAAACUCAGCAUAUUCAUUAUGUGAAUUUAAAACAGAAAAUAAUAUUAUAUUGUAGUUAAGUUUAUACAAAAAUCAAAUUUUACAAAGUUGAUCUAUUUACAAGUAGCAUUUCUAGAAUUCUAGAAUAUAUAUUUAUGUUUCCUCUUUGGGAUAUUUAAAUAAAUAAACAUAUCAUAAAAAGGA